UCCAGUGUAAGAUUUUGAAAGCCCUCGUAAAACAAAUAUUUGCGGCGCUAUACACUCACACGCAUUCCAUUAGCUCCGCUUCCCUUCAAACCCCGCCAUAUUGUCAUCUAAAUUCUAUCCAACUGUAAACGCCGUUUGCCAGAACAAUAAUUCAUUUCCGUUCUAAAUCCAGCCGUCCUCUGAUACUGAACUGGACUUGACUAUCGGUGUUGACCACAACCCAUCACGGCGCUCGACAUCUCCGGUCCAACUUUCGUCUACCUUUUUCCUACCCCUGCUUUUAUCGAUGAACGUUGCUUCUUACUGAUGCUUUUGGAAGUACGCUGUAGCCAGCGAAUUUCAGCAAGCCGCCCAUCUUCAAGUUGGCUAGCGUGCGCGUUAGCAAUCGAGCUCCACGGAUGGCGGAGGUUCCUGGGACGUCAAGUGAGACGAUCACGGAGACUGUUCAAACCAGCACACCGCCACCGCCCCAGCAGGAGGGGCGCAGUUUAACCAUCAAAUUAAGAAAGAGGAAAACCGAGAAAAAGGUGGAAUGGUCCAGUGACACAGUCGACAACGAGCACCUCGGGAGGAGAUCUUCCAAAUGCUGCUGCAUUUAUGAAAAGCCUCGACAGUUCGGCGAGUCGUCCUCCGAAAGCGAAGGAGACGAUGACAACGAAGGGUGCGGAAGCGCACACUGUAUCCUGGGCCACGGACGGAGGGAUCACGGACAGACGGGGGGCGGGGGAGCUACGGCGCCCCCAAAGUCCGGGAGGUCACAUGCUCAUUAGGAGAAGAAGAGAGGUGAAGGUGCAUGACCGUAUGUGAUCAUGUCCGGACUCUGGGAGAAUUGACCUCACUGGAUAACACUUUGAUUUUAUUCAAACAUUUUUUUCUGUAUUAUAUGUACUUUCCCACUGGCGCAAUGAUACAGUGUGUACAUUGGUCCUGUCUGGGUAAUGCACAUUUCUGUAAAUACAAUAAAGCGUAAUGAGCUCCAACUGAAGUUGUGAACGGUCACGUGGUGGUGUCGUCUCCUUAUUAAAUAACAC